AUACUGUCUCCCUCCAUUUCUCACCUUAAUCCGCAACAUCCACCACCCCUCGCCAUUCACCAUCGAUUCACCCUCUGUGUAUUGCAGCUUUCUCGUGAGCGACGAUGACCUCGACUGCACCGACGAACACACCCUCCAACACUCUCCUCCUUCGUCGCCAGUUGACGGAGCUCACCAAGCACCCCGUGGAGGGAUUCUCCGCAGGCUUGGUCGAUGACAACAAUUUGUAUGAGUGGGAGGUCAUGAUCAUCGGUCCACCGGACACCCUCUACGAAGGAGGUUUCUUCAAAGCCCGACUAACCUUCCCGGAUGACUUCCCCCUCAACCCACCGAAGCUUCGGUUUACCACUCCGAUGUGGCACCCUAACAUUUACCCAGAUGGCAACGUCUGUAUCUCUAUCCUGCACCCACCCGGUGAGGACCAGUACGGCUACGAAGAUUCGGGUGAGCGGUGGCUGCCCGUGCACACCGUCGAGUCAAUCCUUCUCAGCGUCGUGUCGCUGCUCUCUCAGGAGCGGCCAAACACCGACAGCCCAGCGAAUGUCGAUGCCGCAAAGGAGGUGCGCGAGAGCUUUGAGGCAUACAGGAAGAAGGUCCGUCGACUUGUGAGACGAAGCGCAGAGGAAGCCUUUGACUAGUCCUGCCCUGUGCCCAUCCUUGUUGUACGCGGUUCACGGGUCCUUUGGCGUAACGAUCUGUCUUGCAUUAGUACACUUGUCCGAGCACAUACAUUAUCCUCGCAUCCUCCCACGUAGUUGUCCAUUUCUUGCAACUCAUUUUGACCGGCUGUACGCUUCAAAUUUAACGAAAUUCCCC